AUGAUGAGCUUUAAUACGUCUUUGCCUAAUGAAAUUUGCUAUAAAAUUAUCUCUUAUAUGGAAACGUCCGACCUGUAUAAUUGUCUAACAGUGAGUCCCGUAUGGUGCCAAUUUAUCUUACCGACCAUAUGGGAAAAAUUGGUCUUCAAAACGUUACCUGACUUCCAGAGAUUUUUAAGAAUUUUAAAAACACUUGAAAAUGCCGAAAAUUACUGUGUGCACUCUAGAAAACUGAAUCUCUCGUAUGUGAGCAACUUCGUUACAGAUGAGCAUAUGUUAUUGUUGCUAGGAUCGAAGAAUCUUUCAAGGAUUAAUUUUUCUGGCUGUACUAGAUUAACCGAUAACAUGGUUAGUGCUAUACUUUUAAACAAUUUAAACACCAUGGUCCUGGAUUUGAGCGGAAUACCUAAUCUAUCAUGGAAAACUAUGUUAACUGCUCUACCAAAGUUGAAGAAAUUGAAAACAUUGUCACUUUCUCAAUGCGUUCUUCUGGAUGACUCACAAUUGAAAGAGACAUUAGUACAUUGCAAGCAUCUAAAAAAACUCAAAUUAACUAAUUGCAUAUCUUUAACCGAAAAAACUCUGCAAACACUAAGUGAACAUGGUGAUUUAAUAGAGCUGGACAUCAGUGGUUGCAUAAAUAUGAAAGAUCCAUCUGUAUUAAUUAAAGCAGUUAUGAAACACAAAAAUUUGAAAGAAUUGAAUAUGUCAGGCUGCUUUUAUCUGACCAACUUUAUGGAGUACUACUAUACAUUCCCUUCAAAAUUCUGCUCCCUAAGAAGUCUUAAUUUGACUGGUCUUUCAGAGCUUUCAAACACUCAUGUCCUCAAAAUCUGCGAAUUUUUUCCAAAAUUGCAAACUUUGUAUUUAACCAAAUGCAAUAAAAUCACAGAUGCGGCAUUGACGGGAAUAUCAAAUUUGAAAACACAUCUUACCUCCUUACAUCUGGGCCAUUGUAAUGAAUUAACUGAUCUAGGAAUUACAAUGGUCUUGAAGUCAUGCAAAAACCUUACUUACGUUGAUUUUGGAGGCUGUUUUCGGUUAACGGACAACUCCGUUGCUGAAAUAGCUAAACUUCCUCGCCUACAAAGAGUUGGCCUAGUCAAGUGCAUAUUUUUAACUGACAUUUCAAUAAUCCAUCUCUCUAACUGCAGCUCAAGAUUUCUCGAACGCAUCCACCUUUCCUACUGUACCGGGUUGACAGCAAAGUCAAUAAGUUAUUUAAUGAUCAACUGCAAGAACCUUAAACAUUUAAGUGUAACGGGUAUAGGCUCAAUUCUGUGCACUGAACUUCGUGCCUUUUCUCGACCCAUUCCUAAAGAAAUUAAUCCAUCUCAAGUACCCAUUUUCUGCGCAUUCACAAGAGAGGAAAUCGAAUUGUUUAGAAAUUAUAUAAACCAAAAAUUAAUUUAA